AGUGUUCUUUCGCGCACGCUCUCGCACUCGCAUUCGAAUUCGCCACGCAGGUUGAAGGUAACUUUUUCGUUCUUCCUCACACGCACAGAAACAGAAACAGAAAUGAACGUGACCGCGACGUACCUCAACCCAACGCAGCAGCUGCGGUUUCGGCAGGCGGCCCAAAGCCACAAAUACCUCAAAGAGCUCAACGAGGCCACCGAAGAAGCCGUCCGGUGCCACGACAAGUACUUCGCCGCGCUGGAGAAAGUGAUGACCUGCCUGCUGAACAACAACGACAUUCUCGAGGAGGUGCGCCAGACCAUCGGCCCGGAAGGCGCGACCGUCGUGCCGACAACGCCCGCCACCACGCAGCUGGUCUCGGCCUACACGAACUGGAAGAUGUCCGGCGAGGUUGACGCGCUGCGCGGGGAGGUGGAGGCGCUGCGCGUGCUCAGCACCGAGGGCCGCCACACCGCCAAAGCCACGAGAAUACUAUCGGAGAAUGUCGCGCGCAGGGCGAGGAGGUGCGCUGACGUCAACAGGCCGGCGUAUCAGGCAAAAAUCGCCCACUGCAAAGGAAAGGCGCAGGAGAAACUCGUCAACAACGCCAGAGACGAAAACGCGAAGAUGGUGCAGAUGGACACGUUGCUGUUUCAGGCCUUGAAGGCGAACAGCGUGUGGUGGUCCACCAAGCUGACGUGCCGGACAAACGAGUUGUACGCUGCCUUCGCGCGUCUUGGCGGUCGUGCUGCGGUGGCGUUCCCCGUGCCGAUGUACGCUUCUGCCGCCGCUGCUGCACCCGUGACGCAGCCUGUGAUGCGGGGCUCCGAUCUUCGUCCUGCAGCUGCUGCGGAUGCCGGCACGGCUUAUGCGCCGUCAAAUGUGCCGACCUAUCACGCACACAGCUCUUCCCCACACCUUUCUGCGCAGGUAAGCAGUGCCCACAGCGACGCUGCCCCUUACGCGAGUGGUGUUCCUCUGGAGUUUCAUGCGUACGAAAGCACCAAGAGCGCCGCGUAG